AUGGCAGAUUUGUAUUCGAUAUUAGGUGUGACAUCUAGCGCAACUGAUUCAGAGAUUAAAAAAGCCUAUAGAAAGUUAGCGUUACAAUACCAUCCCGACAAAGUUCUGGAUCCAAAUGACCGUGAAGAAAAUGAAAUUAAGUUCAAAGAAAUUACUUCUGCAUAUGAAAUUCUAAGUGAUGAGGAAAAAAGAGCUCAUUACGAUUUAUAUGGUGAUGCAAAUGAGAAUGAAUAUAACAAUCAAAAUGCAAAUGAUUUUUUCAAUUUCGAAACUGAUCAACCUGAUUAUGAUUCAUACGCUUUCGAUAAUGAUAAAUCCAAAGAUGUAAAAAUUCCAUUGAAACUUUCAAUUCAAGAACUGUAUAAUGGUAAAACUUUUAAGUUCCAAUCGAAAAGGAAUAUCAUUUGUGUCCAAUGUGAGGGUCUCGGCUGGAGACGUAGAAAAAAUGGAAAUGUAACUAUUCCACAUGAAAUAGAAUGUAAAAAAUGUAAUGGGCUAGGCUAUAAAGAAAGAACUCGAAUGUUAAUACCUGGGUUUGUUACAACAGAUAAGAUUAGAUGUGAAGAUUGUCAUGGGAAGGGGGAAGUAUACGCUAAGCCUAAUUCUGAGAAAAAUAAGUGCAAAAAUUGUCAUGGGAAAGGCUUGCUAUCUGAAAACAAACAACUUCUCGUAUCAGUUCCUCGUGGCUUACAAAAUAAGGACACUAUUCGUAUAGAAAAUGAAGCGGACCAAGAAAUAGGAAAGUCAAAGACAGGCGAUAUUAUACUUGUCAUUGAAGAAGAUACAACAAUGCCAUCAGAUGUACAUUUUAUACGAAAAGGAACUGAUUUCGUCAUGUACCUAUCGCUGUCAUUGGCAGAAGCACUUACAGGGUUUAAGGAUAAGUUUUUAUCGAAGUCAUUAGAUGGUAGAAUACUUACUUUAUCAGUACCUUCAGGAAAAGUAAUAAGACCAGGAAAUAUUAUCAAAAUCAAACAGGAAGGAUGGCCAGUUAAUCCACAAGCAUCCAAAUUCGGAGAUCUGUAUGUCAUUAUCAAGAUUGAAUUUCCACCUGAUAAUUGGUUUAGUGAAAAAUCUGAUAUUCAGCUGUUACGAAAUGUCCUUCCUAGUGGAAUAAAUGGGAUGAUGAAUUCAUGGAAAAUAGAUGACCCGUUAAAUACGGAGACCGUUACUACCUUUGAUAUUCUUGAAGAAUUACCAGAUACUCUGAAUGAAAGUAACAAUAGGAGUGCUUAUGACACUGGCGACCAAUCUGAUGCCAAUUAUGAUCGAGAAGGACCACCUCAAUGUUCACAGCAAUGA